UCUUUUACUCUAUAAUCAAUCGUUGAUUGCAAGUUGCAAGUUCUUUAUUCUUCUUUACAGAAAGAAUUCUUGCCUAUAUUGACUGUAUUUCUGCGCAUUCGCCUUGUUUUAAAGACUUCACUUGAAGGAAUUCUGGCGAGAAGACCAGAAUGAAGGCGUUGUUUUGGCUUUUUGCUUUUUCUAUUCAAGUCUUUUGGGCUUUUAGCGUUGAACGGAGACCCUUAACUGAACUUAUUCAUCAUUAUGAACCGCUUGACUAUGCUGAAGACGAUAUAAAAGAUUCGUUUAAAAAGGGACUCGAAACUAAGUCCUUAGACUUCAAAGCUUUCGGACGGGAUUUCAAACUUCGUUUAGAACCAGAUAGAGAUACGUUUUUCCCUGAUUUAGCAGGAAUAAACGACGAAGUAAAGGAUCAUAUCAACUCCGCACUGGCUGGAUAUCUUGAAGAUGAACCUAAUUCUGAGGCAUUCGGCACAAUACGAGACGGAAAAUUCGAGGGAACAAUAUUCACGAAUGACGAAGAAUAUACUGUAAGGCCGGCACAAAUGUAUUUCACAGAGCCCCAAAAGUUUCAUUCAGUUAUUUAUCGUUCAAAAGAUGAGGACGAAAGCCUAAGACGGAGAAGAAAUAUUCUAACAGAUGAACCCCGCUCGAAAAGACGCCGAAGGGAGACAAAUGCGUUUGAUGAACCAGAUGAAUUCAACUUGUACAACGAGGAAAAUAAUGAUAACAUGAAGGUUUGCAAUAUUUCGAUAGAGGGUGAUUAUCUUUUCACAGAAGCCUGGGGAAAUGACACUGGCAGAGCUAUUGGCGAAAUGGUUUAUCUUGUGAGAUUGGCGAAUCAAAAAUUCAAGGAAAUGGCGCAGACUCCCGAAUGGAAAAGGGCAAAAUUGUUCCAAGUUCGUCUAAUGAUAGGUCAUAUUAUGGCAUACACCUAUGAAACAACUCCUGAAGCACUCAGACCGAAAAACAUGGGUGUUUCCACCUUUCUAGAUUUCGUGUCUGAUCUAGAUUACGACAGUUACUGCCAAGCAUUCUUUCUCACUUACCGAGACUUUGAAGGAGGAAUUACAGGUCUAUCAUGGAGUCUUGAAGAUGAUGGUGGCAUUUGUGAAGCAAGGCGUUACUUUAUUAAAAUCUAUGAAAAUUUCAAUGUGCAAAAGUUGAAAAGUUACAAUACAGGUGUUGUCACAUACAAGUUUUUCGGGGAGAUGGUAAAGCCUAAAAUUGCAGAAAUUGCAUUUCUUCGUCAAGUUGGAACAGCCUUUGGUGCACCAGAUGAUCCAGACACAAGCGAAUGUCAACCUGGCAUAGGUAAAGGUGGAAAUUACAUCAUGUACAACAAAGCAUCAAAUGGAGGUCGAGUAAACAAUGAUAAAUACUCCCCAUGUAGCAUACGAGCAAUCAUUCGUACCUUGAAAUCCAGUAAAAUCACUCGACCUUUGAUAAAAGAUAGGAAUGACAAUGCAGAGCUGAAGUGUUUUGAAACUCCAGCAAGAAUUAUUGAGCGUAGGCCUAAAUGCGGUGAUACAGUUCGUCAAAAUCAAGAACAGUGUGAUUGUGGCUCGCCAGAAGAGUGUAAAAUCAGUGAUCCAGGAAACUGUUGUGAUCCUAAGACAUGCAAAUUACGUGCAGGAUCUUACUGCAGUCCCAAUGAUGGGCCAUGUUGCGAUCCAAUGACAUGCAGCCAUAGAAGUGCUGAUUAUGUUUGCCGUAAUGGAACUGAAUGUGCUUUUGCAUCACGAUGCCGUAACCUUAAGGGCUUUGCAAACUACCAGUGUCCGGGGCGAGUCAAGAAAGGUGACUUCAAACCUUGUGCAGUCGAAGCUCAAGUGUGCAUGGAUGGGAUCUGUUCUAAUUCUGUGUGUCGUAGAUAUGGUUUGACAGAAUGCCAGUGUUCUGAGACAAAGUACCAAUGUUAUGUUUGUUGUAACUUCCUGAAUAUGUGUGUUCCAGCAUUACGUAUCCCUAAGGUGACUGGUUUUAGGAAACCAACUUUACCAAUCGGUGCACCCUGUGCAAAUGAUACUGGUUACUGCGACCUCUUCCAUGUAUGCGAGAUUGUGGAUUUACAGACACCGAUUAAUAACAUUGAAGAAUUGUACUAUAAAAGAGAAGAUGUGAAAACGAUCACCCGAAAAUACUGGUGGGCCAUAUUAUUAGGGACCGUAUUUUGGAUUGCUUUUAUUGUGGUACUUAUCUGGUGCGUGAACAGGCGUACUCCAAGUAGCGUUCCUAAACGUACUGCCAAUCAUGAAAUGGCCUUACUUCAUCAGAGCAACGGUCAUGGAAGCCGAUAACUUUGUUUUCAUAAAUGGUUUUGCUUUUUUGUCAACGAGUUGCCUAAACGCCAAUUGUAUAGAUUUUUAAAAGUUUUGUAAAUUUACGUAAAAGUUUAAUUCUGGUAAGCUGCUGUUACUGUGAUCAGCUUGUACGAGUUUAUUCAUACACAGCCAGCUUUAGUCAAAUUAUAAGCGACGGGGAGUGUAAGAACAUGAUCUCCUUAUUCCCCGGAAAUAUACCUGGAUUGAUUGGAUUUGUGUUCUUAUUCAUGUCAAUACAGUAGGACCAGUACAGGCAGUAGUCAUAUUUCUUUAACUGUUUCAGCCAGCAUUUAGACACGCUCAGCUUUCUUUUUAUAUAAGAAACAUUGUCAUUGAUGUAAAUGUUAUUAUAUGGGCAAUAAUUAUAUAAGCCUCUCUGUAUAGACCGUGUUUGCUAGGUGUUGUACGUAAUAGCUUAUUAUUCACCAGAUAUUAUCAAGAUAUAACCUUCUGUUCCUGUAUUUACUCUAGCACUCAUUCCAACUAAAGGGCAUCAAUCCUGGGAAUGGGGGGAACAUUCCCCAGUAACCCAGUUUUAGAAAUGAGGGGGACAAAUAUCUAAUUAUCAUUAUUAUCCCCCUAAUUUUCUCAUGUUUGAAAUCUUUUUCGUGUUUAUAGGGCUCCCUAACUUCAAUUGUCUGGUUUUUAUAAAACACUCUAUUACCGUACUCCCCCUCCAAUUUUUGCCAUGGAUUAACGCCCUUUAUUCCGAAUACAGUAUAUAUACAUUCAAAUAAAUUUUAUUGUACGAGUAAAUCAGUAGUUACAUUAAUACAUUACAU